UUCAUCUUUUCACUCUUCUUUAAUAAUUCAUUAUUUCUUCUCUUCUCUUUCCUAAAAUUUUAUAUAAAAGCUGGCCAUAAUUUGAAGUGAUAGGAUGAAAGUAAGGCAGCAAAAUAUGGUCUCAAAAGUCAAGAUUCUUGUGAAGGAUCAAAGAAUGUAGCGAUGCUGUGACAGAUGUGAGAGGGGAGAGUUUUCACUGUAUCUUAGUCUGGGACAGACCAGGAUCCUAAGUUUUGCCAAAGGAAGACCUAGAGCCAGCAACAAUCUCACUCUGAGCUUUUUCACCUGCCAAUUUUUCAUCAUGUAUUUUCUAAUUAAAUUAAAAUUUACUUGCUUUUAUUUUUUAUUUUUUUUCCUCUCAGCUAUUCCUACACUCCAGCUCUUUCUCAUUCCACAGAACCUCUGUGGGGUGGGUUUGUGCUGCUUUUGUAUGGCUGAUGUUAAGCUUUGUUUGAACACAGCAGGAAGAGCUGUGCUGUGAAGCUCAGGAAGUACCUGUCUGAAAUUAGCUGAAAGACAUCCAUGCUAUUCAAGAAAUUUUAAAAUGAGCUGGUGUGAAGUGAGACUUUCUAGACAGAAAAUAGCAAUCUAGAAUUCAUAUUUUUAAACCAGAAAAUCAAAAUGCUUGUUACAGUUUGACACAUGCUGGAAAAUUGGAACAGACUGAGAUUAAUGGGAAAAACCUUUUGAUUAUUUAAGUAUUUCUUAAUUUACAAUUAGGACACUGAAAGAUGUCAUGCCAUGAGAACAGCAGGGUUUGGUGCUCACAGUGUUGUUAUAAAAAGACUCUAGAAUGGGAAAAAACAAACCAGAGAUACAAAUUGUCAUAUUCCCCCAAAAUCUGUGAGCCAUUGAAAUAAUUCAUUUUUUGGCAGAGACAACUUUUGGUAAAAGCGAGUUGGAGAAGUUCUAGAAAGAUACAAAGAAUUGAACCAGGGUUUGGAAAGUGGAAUCCAUUAUAAAAUAUGAAUUUAUGCAGUCACACUCCUAUUACAAUUACUCACAUAUCUUAUCGCUUUUUCAGUGAGAAAAGUAACUCGGCUGACCCAAAAAAUUAAGAUGCUAACCUUCCAGCCAGGGAGUGUAUUCAUCUCCAUAUCAGCUCUAUGACAACUGAAUAAGGUCCAGAAAUUAGCCAACAGUUCAUGAAAGAAGACGUGUUUGCUGGCUCUGAGAGAAAAGGAAAAUUGUUAAAGGCAGUGUGGAUAUGACUUGAAUUUUUCAUCAGGCUCUCAACACCAUUACUAGGGGUGAAGAAUGACCUCCUUCCAGCUAGUUUUUCAAUAAUUUCACAGGGGAAUUAAGGUUGGAAGAUACUUCAGGAUGGAUAAAGCUGCUCAGCAUCCCAGUGAGAUCCUGAAUCAAACUAUCUCUAACAUUAGCUUUUCUCAGUUCUUGAACUUUGAUACAUGCCAACUUUCCUCCCUUACAGAAUUCUUGCUUAUCACAGCUUACACGUUGGUUACACUAGUGGGGCUUGUUGGAAAUCUUUGCUUAAUUAUUAUAAUAAAGAGACGGAAAGAAGCUCAAAAUGUCACCAACAUUUUGAUUGCCAACCUCUCUUUAUCAGAUGUCCUGAUCUGUAUCAUGUGCAUUCCUGUCACAGUUGCAUAUACCUUAAUGGACCACUGGAUAUUUGGGGAAGCAAUGUGUAAAAUAGGCUCUUUCAUACAAAGUCUCUCUGUCACAGUCUCCAUUUUCUCACUUGUACUCAUUGCUAUCGAGAGAUAUCAGUUAAUUGUGAACCCACGUGGCUGGAAGCCCAGUAUUUCACAUGCUUAUUGGGGAAUUCUUUUUAUCUGGGGGCUUUCCCUCAUCAUAUCCACUCCUUUUUUAGUAUUCCACCAAAUAACAGAUGAACCCUUCAAACAUCUGUCGUUCCACAGUGAUUUCUACAAGAACAAGGUUGCUUGCAUCGAAGCAUGGCCAUCUCUUACAGAGAGACUGAUUUUCACCACCAGCCUGCUGGUUUUCCAGUACUGCUUCCCAUUGGGGUUUAUUUUUAUCUGCUAUCUCAGGAUAUUUGUAUGUCUUCGAAGGAGACGAGGUAAAAUAGACAGGAUGAGAGAGAAUGAGAACAGGCUGAGUGAAAACAAAAGGAUCAAUAUGAUGCUGGUAUCAAUUGUUGUGACCUUUGCAGCCUGCUGGUUGCCUCUCAAUAUAUUCAAUGUGGUUUUUGACUGGAACUACGAGGCACUAAUGAGCUGUAAUCAUAACCUGACAUUUACAAUCUGCCACCUUGUGGCCAUGAUCUCAACAUGUAUCAAUCCCAUCUUUUAUGGAUUUCUGAACAGGAACUUUCAGAAGGAUUUGGUAGUAUUAGCUCACCACUGCAGAUGCUCAGCAUCACAAGAUGAAUACGAGAACAUCGCCCUUUCAAACCUGCAAACGGAUGCAUCUAAGGGAUCUCUGAAGUUAAACACUCCCCAUGUGGAUAUAUAAAAUAAUCUAACUGUAAUUUCCAAAAUUCUGUAUUUUGUUGAAGAUGGCCUUUUUCUGCAGGUCUUGGUCAUGUUACCACCAAGUUUAGAGGAAGUCUUUGCCAUUUAGUUUAGCAAAACCAGGAUUAUGCUCCUAUAGGCAUACUCUUAACAGGCACUUUAUGAUAGUAUUAAUGCUGAUAAACCACUUCCAACAGUCCUAAAGAUCAAUAAUAAUAAAUUAUAAACAGUAUUAAUGUCUUCCUUUUUUUAAUCCACAGUUUCCAAGUCACUGCAUGCUACCUUAACUCCAAUAAAAACGUUUCCAUUUCAGCCACUGUUGGGGACAUCUUUCCUAAACACCUGGCUUCCCCCAGGUAAACACUGGACAUUGUGGUAUUCCUAACUUCAGCAGCCUUUCACACACUGUUUUCUGGGAUUUUUAUUUUCCAACACUGCAUCAAUACCCUCACUGGUUAACCUGUACUUUAGAGGCAUCUCACACUGUAAGGAAGGCCCUUGAAGUUAUCUUUAGACUCCACCACCUUCCUUUCAGCCCCCUCAUGCAGUUUGCUUUGGCUCAGUACCUGUUCAGCCCAGAAAUUGUAUUUUUACAAGGGAAAAGGCUAGAGUUGGACUUUUAUUUUUUUAAUGAACUCUAAAACAGGACCCAUUUGAUGUACUACAAGUUUCACUCAGAAUGAUGUUGUUCAAGAUAAAAUAUAUAUUCAGCAUUUCUCCUAAUAGCAUUGCACUCUCUAAACCACCAGUAAAGUUUAUUGCUUUCUCUCUUACCAUCAUCACUGCUCCUUACAACAGACCUUUUGAAUCUCCAUUAUCAAAAAACCCCGCUAUGAAUUCAGACUAAAUUUUGUUUUAGCUACUUACUCAGAUUUCUCUUUGAGUAGAAAAUUAGGUUUACAUUUUAACUUCAGCAAUAUUUUUCCCCACAUUUCUGCACUAGCAAGAGGCCACACUCUGCUAGAGCAGAUGUGGUCAUUUCUGUUAAUAGAAACACAGUUUCUGUGCUUGAAAAUAAUUUCUUUUAUAACAGUGCAAAGAAGCCUAAAGGGAUAACACUAACACAACUUUUCUUAAACUAAAACAUUUUAAAAACCACUUUCCAGUGUGGCCAUAAAAAAAUAGCCAAACCUUUUCUUCAUCUAUGACAUAGUGACAAUACAAAGAAUCAGUUCAUAUUGAGCUGUUUAAAUACAGUACUUAGAACACUUUAGUCCAAAAACUCACCUUGCUUCCUCUUAUUCAAAUUAAAUAUAAUUAAUUACUUGUACUGCUAAAGCCCCUUCUUUUCUUCUGAGAUUCAAAACUACCUAUUCAAACACUUGUACAUAAGGUUCCUUGUAAACUAUUCUCUAACUAGUAAAUUAUUAAUGCACCACUUAAGCAAAAAGAAUUCACAUUCAAAUUACAAUGAGCUCCUUGAUGACUCAGCUGUGAUGAAACUCACCUUAAGG